AUGGAUAAGCUUGUUGAUGCGCACUGCCACGUUUUCACUGAUCCGGAUAGCACACACGGCAGUGAUGACGGAGGGUUCCAGGGCACGUUGCGAUGCGUCAUGUCAUCAAACCCUUACGACUGGAGCAGUCUAAAAAAACUGGCUGGGAACGGUUUAAGGAAGGAUAACGUAUGGGUAGGAUUUGGUGUCCAUCCUUGGUACAGUCACCUGUUUUAUGUGGGAUAUCGACGCGACAAGCUUUCUCACUACCAAGAUGUACUGGAAUAUAAGAACGAGGAACAGUUCAGCAGCUUGGUUCAGGUGCUUCCUGAACCUCUAGAUCUUGAAGAUUAUAUAAGCGAGGAGUUUGAUGGCACGUUAGUUAGCGUGAUUGGAGAGAUCGGCCUUGAUAAGCUUUUCAGGCUUCCCACAACCGGAUUCUACAUGCAAGGCGAGAAGGCCAGACUAACUACAGUGAAGGUUAAAGUAUCGCAUCAAGAAGCGGUAUUCAGGCGAUUUUGCCAACUGGCAAGAGACAACCGCAGGCCUAUCUCUAUACACGACGUAAAAUGUCAUGGCAGGCUGAAUGAUAUCUGCAACGAAGAGCUCUUGCCGUGGCCAUCUGUCAAGAUAUGCUUGCAUUCCUACACAGGGUCCGAGGAGACGCUCCUGGGCCAAUGGCUCAAGAAAUUCCCCUCGGAUCGUAUUUUUGUAAGCUUGUCAAAAUUCAUCAACUUCAAGAACCCAGAAGACGGCAACGCCCUGGUCAGGAGCCUGCCCCCAACGUGCAUACUUACGGAAACAGACUUCCCCAUUGACAACCCAGAUCCGUCAUACCAAAGAGAUCUCACAGAGCAGCUGCAGUUUCUAAACGCACAAAUUGCACAAGCAUGGGACGGGAGUCUGGAUACCACGCACACCGCACUGCAUAUAUACGAGAACUUCCGGAAGUUCAUUAAGUAG